UCAUUCUUUAUUAUUCAUCCGUUGCUAUUGAUAAACAAGAAGCUCAGACGGUCAAACACUACUCUGCUUCCAUGGCGUCAAUAAUCUCCUUCAUCCUCAACACCCUUUUGUUCCUCUGCUUCUGUUCCUCUUUCCCACUCUCAACCCCUUCAUUCCCCAAACAAGCCCUCCCCACUAUGCAUGGUUACCUUCCAAUAAACCCCACUUCCACUUCUUCAAUUUUCUACGCUUUCUAUGAAGCACACAACUCCACUUUACCCCUCUCUCAAACCCCACUUCUCAUUUGGCUCCAAGGUGGCCCUGGCUGCUCCUCCAUGCUUGGUAACUUGUACGAACUUGGACCCUGGCGUGUCACUGAAUCCCUCACCCUUCAACCCAACCCUGGUGCUUGGAACAGAAUCUUUGGCCUUCUUUUUCUUGAUAGUCCCAUUGGAUCUGGCUUCAGCGUCGCCGCAACACCAGAAGAGAUUCCAAAGGAUCAAAACGCCGUCGCAGAGCACCUUUUUGUUGCUAUAACCAGGUUUGUUCAACUUGACCCUGCUUUCAAGCAUCGCCCCAUUUAUAUUACUGGGGAAAGCUAUGCUGGGAAGUAUGUGCCUGCUAUUGGGUAUCACAUAUUGAAUAAAAAUGCAAACUUGGGGGUUUCUGAAAGAGUGAAUUUGGCUGGUGUGGCUAUUGGGGAUGGGUUAACUGACCCUGAGACUCAAGUUGCUACUCACGCUUUGAAUGCUUAUUAUGUUGGGUUGAUCAAUGAGAGACAAAAGAAUGUGUUGGAGAAAGCUCAAUUGGAAGCAGUUAGGUUGACCCAAUUGGGGAAUUGGAGUGAAGCAACGGAUGCGAGAAGCAAAGUGUUGACAAUGUUGGAAGACAUGACAGGGUUGGCUACUUUGUAUGACUAUACAAGGAAAGUUCCUUAUAGGGAAGAUUUGGUUGAAAAAUUCUUGAACAUUGCUGAGGUGAAGAAGGCUUUGGGGGUGAAUGAGUCGUUUGUGUAUGAGGUGUGUAGUGAUGUUGUUGGGGCUGCUUUGCAUGCUGAUGUGAUGAAGAGUGUGAAGUAUAUGGUGGAGCACUUGGUGAGGAGGAGCAGGGUGUUGUUAUAUCAAGGUGAGUAUGAUUUGAGGGAUGGUGUGGUUCAAACAGAGGUUUGGGUGAAGACAAUGAAAUGGGAAGGGAUUGAGGAGUUUCUGAAUGCUGAAAGGAAGAUAUGGAGGGUUAAUGGAGAGGUUGUUGGGUAUGUGCAAAAGUGGAAAUCUCUCACUAAUGUUGUGGUUUUGGGUGCUGGGCAUCUUUUGCCUACUGAUCAAGCUGUUAAUUCUCAAGCAAUGAUUGAAGAUUGGGUCUUACAAAGGGGUUUGUUUCAAAAUGUGUACAAGGAAAAGUCUAUAUUUGUUGUGUAAUGAUGAUUGAGCUUAGUCGUUAGUUAAAUUCGUCUAUGCAAAACUGAAUUUCAUGGUAAGGUGUCGAUGUGAAGAAUGUGUUGUUAAGCAAUUAGUGAGGAGGUUUCUUUUUUUCAUUUCGCAAUUUUCUUUUUGUUAUACAUGAUUGUGAUAUUAAUGAACUAGCUAUGAUUUUUUUUUC